GCGAUGGACGAGCAGCGGCGGCGCAUCACCGAUCUCAUCGGCCAGCUGGAAGACGAGACGAGGCAGUCGGAGGAGAAGGCGACGCAGGCGGAGGAGAGGCUGCGACGGGCCGAGGAGGAGGCCCAGCUGGCGGAGGAGAGCACGGAGCAGGCCGACGAGGCGGCGAGGCGGGCCGAGGAGCAGUCGGCCCAGGCCGAGGAGCGGGCGAGGCAGGCCGAGGCGCAGACGCGGGAGGCCGGCGAGCAGGCGAAGCAGGCCGAGGAGAAGGCGAAGCGGGCCGAGGAGGGGACGAAGCAGGCCGAGGAGAAGACGAGGCAGGCCGAGGAGCUGUUCGAGCAGGUCGUGGGGGAGGCGAAGCGGGCCGAGGAGAAGGCGAAGCAGGCCGAGGAGAAGUCGAAGCAGGCCGAGGAGAAGUCGAAGCAGGCCGAGGAGAAGACGAGGCAGGCCGAGGAGAAGACGAGGCAGGCCGAGGAGGAGGUGAAGCAGGCGAAGGAGAUAAUGAGGCGGGCCGAGGAGGCGGAGGCGAAGCAGGCCGAAGGGAAGUCCAAGCAGGCCAAGGCGGAGGCCCUGGUGGAGGAGAAGGCCACCGAGCACAGCUUCGACACCAAGCUGCCUAUGCCCCAGGCUGUCGGGAUCAUGAAUGCGUGGAACAAGCUGCACCCAGAGGAGCGGAUCGCCGCCGACGACACGAUCACGAGCGCCACCCUCCGCAUGAGCCUUGCGCAGCCCGGCGGGGGCUACCUCUUGCGCGAGGCCGAGUCAGCCGAGAGGCCCGUCAUGCUGGUGGGUUGGGGUCGAGAUCGGUUGUGGGUGUUUUCCGCGCUCUGGGUAGAGACCGGGCCGGCCAGAUCAGGACGAGGAUCGCGCGAUAGACCCGUGUUCAGAAAGAUCAGCAGUCAGUGGCUUCGCAUCUUCAUGCGGCACUCCAGGCAGCACGUGACCCCGAAUUGCUUGCCAGUCUUCAGCAGCAGCUCGAUCGGCUUCAAGCUCAGAAGGGCCAUGCAGCAGGCCGAUGGUGCUUGGAGAGGUGCGAAGAACCGCCAUCAGCAGGCGGAAGCUAAUUUAUCCAAGUUGGUGGCAGAGACAGCUCUCACUCGUGCACAGGCAGCAGCUGCGGUGGCUACGCUCGAGGGUGUUUCCGUCAGCACGGCCCUGCAGGCGCAGAGGGCGUCGAUCCCCACCAAGGCUGACGAGGUCACGCAGCUGGUCGAGCGUGCUAAGACCACCAAGGCCGCCAUUUCAGAGAGGUUGGCCAAGCAGCGACGCAACAAUGCAGGUGAAGCAGGUGGCAGUUUAUCUUCAGGGAGCACCCCCGCAGCCACCGCCGAUUCGAAUGGUGGUGGUUCGUGCCCUACGCCACCUGCCGACGACGAGGCCAAGCUCAAGUCCGAGAGGGAUGCCAAGAUCGCGGCAGAGGCUGAGAAGACCUCGCAGGCACAGUUCAUCGCCCAGAGGCAUGCGGAGCAAGCUGCUGGGCCAGAUCCUGAUCACGAGCUGUGA